CAAUGAAGUGUGCACCUUUAUUUCUGAUAACUUCAGAUCUGAGUGCACACAAGUUUACAAUUACCACAGACUUUUGACAUGGGAUGACGCGAAAGGUCUGCACAUGGACAUAUUCAAGGUCCCCACCUGCUGUUCGUGCCAUGUUCAAGGUUACUCUUUUAACUUCCCGCCUCGAGGAACGGAGUCACAAGAGACCUCUCCACACCCGGAACACUUCCCUGGAGCUGAUUUUGCUGUUGAAGAUCACGGAAUCCAGCAACAAAAUCCUAGACCAAACGAAGGAUUCAAGGCAGAGUUCGCGGAGGAUUCUAAUUUAAGACCGCCGUUACUUACAAAUUCUGAACAGUUUCACGACGAAAGUUUCAGUCACACUUUUAACCAGGACAAAGGAAUAAGAGGCCAGUUCAACACCAAACAAAUAACCUCAGGGGGACAGUUUCAAAGUGACACGACCAGCAAUAAAUUUCUGGUCGAGGGACACAGGGACCAGUUUAAUUUCAAAGAAGACAGAACGAGAAAUCAGUUCCAUUUCCAAAAUGACGACACGAGGAACAAGUUCCAGGAAGACAACUCGAGACAACAUUUCACACUUCAGCAAUCUCCAAAGCGAGAAACUGUGCAUUUGCAGAAAUCCCCCGAGUACCACGUGACUCCUCCACCUUCGACUUUCCAAAUUUCAAAUCUGUUCCAGAGACAGGGAUUCAGACACCCGACACCCGAGGGCCUCGUUCCUCCAGCAGGUCCACCACUGCCUCUAGCCCACGAGACGGACUUCCAGACGUUCUCAGGGAACAAGAUCUUAAGACGGAGUCGGAACCAAACAUCGAAUGGAUUAAGGUAAUUUAUAUUUCUCAUACUGCGGGAUACUA